CUCCCCCUUGCUCACCGACUCCAUUAGUAAGAUCGGGAGACGGAGGAGGAGGAGAAGACAUGGAACGAUCUCAGAUUUGGUUUGUUCUUGGAGCCAUAAACCUAGCUCUUCUAUUCGCCUACGCCUUCGCCGACGGCGACGUGCUCGUCCUCACCGAGGACAAUUUCGAGAAGGAGAUCGGCCAGGAUCGUGGCGCCCUCGUCGAGUUCUAUGCCCCAUGGUGCGGGCACUGUAAGAAGCUUGCCCCUGAAUAUGAAAAGCUUGGAUCGAGCUUUAAAAAGGCUAAAUCUGUUUUGAUUGGGAAGGUGGACUGCGAUGAACAUAAGAGCUUAUGCAGCAAGUAUGGAGUGUCUGGAUACCCAACAAUUCAGUGGUUUCCUAAAGGGUCCUUGGAACCAAAAAAAUACGAAGGUCCACGAACUGCAGAAGCACUGGUCGAGUUUGUGAAUACCGAGGGAGGAACAAAUGUGAAGCUGACAACUAUUCCUUCUAAUGUAGUAGUAUUGACUUCAGAGACAUUUGACCAAAUUGUCUUUGAUGUAAAUAAGGAUGUUCUUGUUGAAUUCUACGCACCAUGGUGUGGCCACUGCAAGCAUCUUGCUCCUAUAUAUGAAAAGGUAGCCAAUGCAUACAAAUUGGAAGAGGAUGUCGUCAUUGCUAACUUGGAUGCCGAUAAAUACAAGGAUUUAGCAGAAAAGUAUGGAGUUAGUGGUUAUCCUACCUUGAAGUUUUUCCCCAAGGGAAACAAAGCUGGUGAAGAUUAUGAGGCUGGACGUGAGUUGGAUGAUUUUGUAGUAUUUAUUAAUGAGAAAUGUGGUACUAACCGUGAUGCAAAUGGUCAACUUACUUCCCAGGCUGGUAUUGUGGCUAGUUUGGAUGCUUUAGUGAAGGAAUUUGUGAGUGCUUCCAAUGAGGAGCAGAAGGCAAUUCUCUCUCGAAUGGAAGAGGAGAUUGAGAAGCUAACAGGUUCUUCUGCAAGGAACGGCAAGACAUACCUAAAGGCCGCAAAAAGCACACUGGAGAAAGGCGCAGACUACGCGAAGAAAGAAAUUGAACGCUUGCAACGCAUCUUGGAGAAGUCGGUUAGCGCUGCCAAGGCCGACGAGUUCUUCAUCAAGAAGAACAUUCUCUCUACUUUUGCUGCUUGAGAUGGAGUCAUCCAAAAGAACUCCUUUACACCGAGGUUUGAUAUCAGACAAUAUGGGAGGGAAAUGGAGUUACUGGGACGAAUAGUUACAGCAGGAAACCUUUUAGUCUUUUGAGUUAGAGAUUAUAAAUUAAAUUUUCUUCACGAAAGAUUGUCUUUUUAAGUGUUGAGGACUAUGCUUUUAUUAUGUUUUUGAAGGAGCCUGUUCUUUACUCAAAAUAAUUUUAUUUUCUACUAAAA